UCGGCCACUUUCAGGAUUUUGCUGUUGGUGUGAUUAUGGAUACAGCAGAAAUCAGCAAACCCAAAUUUAUUUCACUAAACCGAGAUGUAGUGAAAUCAUGGGAUGAUGAAUUCCAACAACUGGCGCAAACCCUCCCUAAAGAAGAAAGUUGGAUCAGUAGAACCAGUUUGUAUCUCUAUCAAGGCUUUUGGUUCACAACUCUUGUUCUAAAACCUGUGAUUUCUCUCCAAAAACAUUUCCGAGCAUUUGAUUCUGAUAUUAUCGUCGCCACCUUCCCAAAAUGUGGCACUACUUGGCUCAAGGCCUCUACUUUCUCCACUUUGUACCGCAAUCAGUUUGCGGGAGAUGACAAUCCCUUGCUCAGCUUUUCUCCUCACCAACUGGUUCGUUUCUUGGAGUGUGAUGUUUACUUGAACAACCCUUGUCCCGAUCUGGGAAACGUUUGUGUUUAUAAGCCAUGGCUUUUUUCCACCCACGUCCCUUAUGCUUCUUUGCCAACUUCCAUUAAAGAUUCCCACUGUAAGAUUGUUUACUUAUGUAGAAACCCCAUGGAUAUGUUCGUUUCUCUUUGGAAUUUCGCUGACAAGCUUCGGGAAGAAAACAAAGAGCUAGUAUCACUAGAUGAAGCUUUUGACAAGUUCUGCAAUGGAAUCUGUGGGUUUGGAUCAUUUUUUGAUCAUGUAUUGGGUUACUGGAAGGCAAGCCAAGAAAACCCCAACAAGAUAUUGUUUUUAAAAUAUGAAGAUCUUAAGGAGGACAUCAAUUCUCAGCUGAAACACUUGGCCAUGUUCUUAGGGGUUCCUUUCACAGAGGAUGAAGAGAAAAGGAGUAGUUGAAGAAAUAGCAAAGCUUUGUAGCUUUGAGAAGUUGAAAGAGCUGGAAGUUAACAAGAAAGGCACACACGUUAAUGGGAUUCCAUACCAAGCCUUUUUCAGGAAAGGAAAAGUGGGAGAUUGGAGCAAUUAUCUCACACCUUCAAUGAUUGAACGUAUGGAGAAGCUUACUCAAGAGAAAUUGGAUGGCUCACUUUUAACAUUUAAACUCUCAUCCAAAACU